AUGUUCUCAGCGUUCGUGAUAGUUACUGGAGUUAUGGCUGUAAUGCUCGCAUUACAAUAUAUAACUAUUCCUGACCUCUCCGCGUCUUACGCAGUACGAUGUCAUCAACACUAUCCGGAUAUAGAACAAUCAACGCUGUACGAUUUUGUGAUGUUGUCAGAUGCGGCAAACAAGUGGAUGAAGUUCGUCACUUUUGUUGCCACAGACCACAAACCUGUAGGAAUUGGAAAAAUGUAUAAAGUUGCAAUUGGUGCACAAACAUUUUCUUUCGUUACCAUCGAACAUCAGCAAGGACAUUAUCUUAUUCUGCAAAGUAUAAAUAAAAAUGACGUACUAAAUCUGCGUGUUGAGAUUCGCUUUACCACCGUCUCCUGUGUGCCGGUGCAAUUUGAAGAAGAAAAUUUGGAUAUACUUUCAUCCUAUCCAUUUUCAACGGUGGAAUCUAGUACAAGUGGGGAAAAAUACGGAACAAAUGCAAGCGAAAUGGAAGGUUCAUUUAACAACAAUGCACCGGAAGUGCAAUACGAGCAGCAACGUGGUGAACUGUUUUCAACUGGGAAAUGUGGGAGUGAGUUAAGCUUCAACAUAUUUUCUCUACAUAACUCGCUGUUAUUUCAGGUGAUUACCAAUACAUCUUUAUCGAACCCUUUAUGGAAUGCAAAUUUUACUAUAAGUAUUCUUCUGUUCCCCUCGCAGAAUUCCAUCGGCAUUAUGUUUCGGUACUUUUUGAGUCUGCGUCUGGAACAUUCCUUGUCGAAUCUGGCACAUAUUUUUCUGCAUGUGGAAGGAUAGCGUACAUUGUCAUCGUGAGCUGAUGCCAAAAGGUUUAUAAUACUUAUCUGUAUGACUUUAUGUAUUUCUCUAUUUCACUUAUUGUUCGAUCAGCUUUGGUUAGAUCCA